AUGCGCAAGAGGUCCAUUUAUAGCGGUCCAUGUUAUCCGGUUUCGCUGCAUAGAGUUCAUCGACGGGGAUUUCACAGCUCUUUUCCUCUCGCCAAGUCGAAGUCCGACAAGCCUGCUGCUUGCCAGGAGAUGAAUAAAAUCUGUAAAACGUCCGAAGAGAAGAAGAUCGAUCGGUGCGAUCAGCCGUACAAAGAAAAAAGUGACAUGUGUCAGGAAAAAAAAGUCAAGUGCGACAAGCGCCUACAACUGAAUAAAAAAGACGACGCAAAUGCCGGAAAAAAAUGUAAGACGAAGAAGAAAACUGUGGAUUCUGUAUGCAAGAAAACUUGCUUCAAGAGAGGCAAGUGCGAAUUGCCAAAAACUGACCCGCCGCCUAAGAUGACGUACGCGAAGGUGACGUGUCCUUCGCCGAAGUUUGUGAAGCCUAAUCAAUGUCCGUCGAAGUUGGACCUCCAGAAAAACGGACCUCACAAAGGAGCUGAACAAAGUUGCAUUCAGAAGGCACAAAUUUGUGCUCCGCUGCCAUUGCCAAAGCCACCCUGCGAUCCUAUUGUCUUAUGUCCUUGUCUACCACCGCGUAAACUGCAUCCCGGCCCGUCUCCGUGUUACGAAAUAAAAAGAGUGGCUGUUAAGUCGUCUAAGAUGCCAUCCUGUUCGUUAAAGAAAAAAUAUCCAUGUCCCACCGCAAUACAUUUUUGUCCUUUGGAGAAGAAGCCAUGUAAAUUAAAACGAGAUAAGACAGACAGCCAGUGCGAGCGCAGACAGAAAAAGGAGACACCGGCGUCUUAA